AAAAGACCGACAAGCCUGACUCAGGCAUAAGUCUCCAGGGCAGAGAGGGAGUCACCUCAUUGGAGCUUGAGUCGGCAAAGAAGUCAAGAUGGCCAAAGUCCCUGACUUGUUUGAAGACCUGAAGAACUGUUACAGUGAAAAUGAGGAAUACAAUUCAGCCAUUGACCAUCUCUCUCUGAGUCAGAAAUCCUUCUACGAUGCAAGCUAUGGGUCACUCCAUGAGAACUGCACAGAUAAAUUUGUAUCUCUGAGAACCUCUGAAACCUCAAAGAUGUCCAGCUUAACCUUUGAAGAGAGCCUAGUGAUGGUGGCAGCAACAUCCGACAAAGGGAAGAUUCUGAAGAAGAGACGACUGGGUUUCAAUCAGGCCUUUGCCGAAGAUGACCUGGAGACCAUAACCCGCAAUUUAGAAGAGACCAUCCAAUCAGAUUCAGCACCUUACGUCUUCCAGAGCAAUAUGAGAUACAAACUGAUAAGGCGAGUCAUGCAGGAGUUCGUCCUGAAUGAUUCCCUCAAUCAAAAUAUCUACCUGGAUGCAGACCAAGUGCAUCUCAAAGCAGCUUCGUUAAAUGACCUGCAACAUGAAGUAAAAUUUGACAUGUAUGUCUACUCGUCAGAAGACGACUCUAAAUAUCCUGUUACUCUAAAAAUCUCGAAUACUCAGCUGUUUGUGAGUGCUCAGGGUGAAGACCAGCCCGUGUUGCUGAAGGAGAUGCCUGAAAUACCAAAAGUCAUCACAGGGAGUGAGACCGACCUCAUUUUCUUCUGGAAAACAGUCAACUCAAAGAACUACUUCACAUCAGCUGCCUAUCCAGAGCUGUUUAUUGCCACAAAAGAACAAAGCCAGGUGCACCUGGCAAUGGGACUGCCCUCGAUGACAGACUUCCAGAUCUCCUAAGUGGGGUCCACUUACUUGAGAAGUGCUAACAAUCUGUAUGUACCGUGUACAGAAGGUUCUACACCCUGAGUCACUUGCAUGGCAUGUGCUGAGCCUUUGUAAUUCUAAAUGAAUGUUUACCCUCUUUGUGAGAGAAGAGCAAAGCCUAAUGGAAUCAACCUCGACACAUAAUGUUAUUUGUUAUUUAAAGAGCACCCUAUAUUUUGCACAGUACUAAUCACUUUAAUUAUUAUUCAUGACAUUCUUAGGAGGAACAGAGCUGUGGUGAUCAAAAAGACUCUACCCAUGUUACAGAUGGGCUAACUACAGCAUAAGAAAACUAAAAUGUACACUCAACGGCAGUUGGAAAGAGAAUCCACAGACCCACUAAGUCAAUCAAACUGUGUACCUUCUGCUUCCAAAUUGCUGACUGAGUAGGAUAAAGUUAUAAGAACUUAAUUCUAUCAUUUUUAAAGGGAAGGGGACAACAGCUACAUCUUUCCUACCUCAGUGGGUUUUAUUCCAAGGAGAGCAUUUGGAUGAAAUCCUCCUGUAACAAACCUCAAGAAGACAGAAUGUUGAAUGCUAUUUUUAAGUUAUUUUAUAUAUGUAUUUAUAAAUAUAUUUAUGAUAAUUUUAUUAUUUAUGGCACAUCCUUAAGUCCUCAACUGCAGGGCAUUCUAGAUGGAGUUAGUUAGAUGUAGCUACUCCAUAGCAGGGCUUUCUAGGUGGAGUUAGUUAGAUGUAGCUACUCUAUAGCUCCAUGUUGCAGACGUUAUGCUUUUUCCACAGCCAUGAAGCUCUCUACAUUCUCUUACUUGGGAAUCCUGUAAUUAUGGCCAUGAAUCUGUAUUGUUUACUUUGUUCAUUUAAGAUGAUAAUUGGACCACUCUUCCACCCUUCUGUCCCUAAAGUUAUCUGGGUAUUCUUACAUCAUUCAACCUCACCUGCAAUUAAAUCCAACAAUUCAAAGAUGGAAAGAUCUUAAUUGUGACUACCACAUCACUGUUACCUGAAGUUUCCUUUCUAGAAUGUAAUCAGUGUUUCCUCUGGGUUCCAAAUUUGUUCUCACACCACAGCGUCACAUGAGUACCAAUAAUAAUAAUCAGUGCAUUAUUGUUGGUUAUUAAUUAAAUAAAACAAGUUUGAGCUGA